CAAUAAAAACAUGACAUAUGAUGAUGAACGUUAACAAAUUAGGGUUAAAAUCCAAUUUUAAAAUUGAAUACUAAAAUAAGCAAAAUAAUCAAGAGAUUAAAUUCAUAACUAGGGGAUUAAAUUUACAAUUAUGAGAUAAAGGAACCAAAUUUACAAAAUUUUGCAGGUAGGAGGAAUUGAGUUGAAAUCGAAAGGGAAGCGGUGGUUUAGGUUAGGAUUUGGUGAGUGAGUGGGGAUGGCGAAGUUCAAUGUGGUGCAGAAGCGAAGGAGAGCUCUAAUAGCAGAGAAGAAGAGACAGCUUCACGGAGACCCUUUAACCGGCAAGCUCAAGAUCAAGGACCAACCCCUUUCCCUAUCCGGAAAACGCAAACGCAAGCUCUUCAAAAAAUGGCGCCGGGACCAAAAGGACGCCUUACAGAAUGGUUUGGUAACCAUGGAAGAUGUUCAAAUGGCAGUUGCUGAAGCAGGGGAUACCAAAGAUACCCCUAGACCUUCACCAAAAAUUCACUUAAAGAAGAAGGCCUUGAAACUUAAACAGCUCAAGCGCAAAGGGAAGAACAAAAGAAAAUCUGAUGUGCCUGCUGAUGUUUCGGCUGAUGCAAUGGUGGAAUAAAUAUGAAAGUUUUGAUAUCCUACAUACUUGGUAGGGUGGAGGAUAGAAGAGGCCGAUGUCUGAUGGUAUAUAAUGUUGUAAUCCUCGAGUGAUUAUGCUAUUCCUAUAUUUUCUUCUUUUUAGUGACCUUAUCAAGUGUGCGUACAUGGAUUUUAGAUAGACACGGUAUGAAGCAGUUUAUGCACUUAUCAAGUGAAGUAUUGGUAUGAAUUUUGUUUUUUGCAAAUCAAUCGAGCUUCUAUUGUUCGCAGACUAA